ACCGUGCGUUCGGUCCCGCAUGCCCAUCGGAUCGGGUCUACGCGGAAGGAGCCAAGAACAUCGUGCUGUCAGCGCUGUCCGGGAUCAACGCGUCGAUCUUUGCCUAUGGCAUGACAAGUAGUGGGAAGACUUACACCAUGGAGGCUAUUACUGAUCUUGCUGCUUGCGACAUCUUCACGCACAUUCAAAAAAAUCCGCAUCGCAGCUUCCUGGUGAAGCUGUCAGCCAUCGAGAUCUACAACGAGAUUGUCAGGGACCUCCUCAACCCCGACUCUGGGCCCCUUAGGCUCCUCGAUGAUCCCGAGAGAGGCACAGUGGUGGAGCGACUGACAGAAGUGGGCGUGGAGUCCAAGGGGGAGUUGCAGCAGCUGCUGGCGCAGUGCGCGGCGCACAGGGAGGUGGGCGAGACGUCUCUCAACGAUGCCAGCUCCAGGUCGCACCAGAUCAUUCGCCUCCUGGUGGAGAGCUGUCCCAACGCAAUGUCACGAGCGUCACCACCUCCUCCUCCCCCUCCACCGGCCACACCUGUGCCAACAGACGCUGCUGCCGCCCAAAUGCUCUCUGCCACGCUGAACUUUGUGGACCUGGCGGGCAGUGAGAGGGCGUCUCAGACGCACGUGGCGGGCACACGUCUCAAGGAGGGGUGCCACAUCAACAGGAGCCUGCUCACCCUUGCCACCGUGAUCCGCAAGUUGAGCACGGGCAGCAGGGCCAAGGCGGGGCACAUCCCCUACCGGGACUCCAAGCUCACGCGAAUCCUGCAGCAGUCGCUGGGGGGCAACGGGCGCACUGCCAUCAUCACCACCAUCAGCGCGGGGAAGACCCACCUGGACCAGACUCGCAACACGCUCGCGUUUGCACUGAGAGCCAAGGAAGUCACCAACUCGGCUUGUGUCAACGUGGUGGUGACGGACAGAGCACUGGUGGAGCAGCUGCAGAGGGAGGUGGCGCGGCUGGAGGGCGAGAUGAGGCUGCGCCCGUCCAGAGAGCAGUUCCACCAACAGGCCGUGCGCAUGCAGCAGUUGGAGGCGGAGCUGUCGCUGGCUGCGAGGCAGCAGAGCGAGGCACUGGCACAGGUGCAGCACCUCACACACGCGCUCUCCGCUGCUUCCUCCUGCCACAGCUGGUCCAACGGCGGGUCCCAUGGCAGGCGACGGGCGCACGCAGCCUGGCAGAGUGGCAAGGUGCACCCAAUCUCCAGCAUCAACGUCUCAGAGUCAUCUGACGACGAGGCGGACGGCUGGGAUCGCUUCACGCCAACCUGCUUCCCGGCAUCCAAGCCGUUGGAUCUCGUGCUGCCCACGUGCUUCCCCGGUAGCUUCACCAGGCGACCCAGACCCAGCAAGCAGCAGAGGGAGAAAGACGCCUCGUUUCAUGCCUCCGCUGCAGCUGCUGUUGCCACACAGGGGUUGGUGGAUGGGAAGGUAGCGCCAGGGGAAGGGGUAGCACAGCUGGCAGGUGGGCUGGUUGUGGGCGGCAGAUGGUUGUCCUCUAGCAACAGUGGCUGCGAUGCUGCAGGGGACGGCGGUCAUACCCGCGGGAUCUCCAAGUCGAGAUUUGCCAGCAGCAGUAGCAGCAUGGGAGGGAGAAGGGAGAGAGACGGGCAUGGUGAAGUGGCCGUGGGGGUGAGCGGGAGGGGAGGAGAGCAGCAGGCGCGUGCAACAAGGGGACGUAUCACAUGGGAGGAGAGCGCGAGAGCGAGGGAGGGAGAGCGGCAGUGGGAGCAGCACGAGGGAGGGGAAGCCGACGAGCGAGAGAUCAGCCAGAGGAGGAGCGGGAGGCUAGGAAGGGACCAGGGAGGAGACUCGUUUGGCAGAGACAGCAUGUCCCGCCAGUCCCUGCAGUCCCUCCAUUCGCUCCAGUCGCUGGAAGCGUGGGUGGCGGGGGACAGGGCGAGGGAGAGGCGGCGGCGGCGCAAGGCGGUGAGCGCCAAGGUGCUGUCGCUGAUGCACGAGAUCCAGCGCCUGGAGAAGCUGCAGGACGCCCUGGGGGACGACGUGGGGCGGGCCAUGGGUGCUCUUCAGGGGGAGAUGGAGCGCAUGAGAGCCAGGCAGCAUGGGCAGGCGCAUGGACGCAGGCAGGGGCAGGGGCAGGGGCAGGGGCAGGAGAGUGAGGGUCUGUCAGAAGGCGGCGUGCAAACGCCCCUCAGCCACCUCUCUGGUAUCCUGACGCCCCCAUACCACUGCGUGUCUGGACUUCUCACCCCCUCCUCCAACAUCUCCUCCUGUUACGCGUCUGGCCUCCUCACCCCGCUCUCUCACCAGCUCUCUGGCCUUCUCACGCCCUCGUUAGCCUCCCAGCCUGACCUCCAGCGGAUGGAGUUCCUGUUCCAGUCGGCAGCCGAGGUGAACGUGGCGAGCAUCCGCACGUACGUGCUUGAACUGAAGGAGAUUGUAGCGAAGCUGCACUACCAGAAGCAGCUGCUGGUGAAGCAGGUGGUCGAGCUGGAGGCGGGUCGACUGGGCGAGGAGGACGAGGAUGAGAUGGAGGAGGAUGAUGAGGAGGAUGAGGAGGCAGAGGGAGAGGGAGCUGGGGACAGAGACUGGGGCAACGAGGAGGAGGAUCGAGGGAUGGGGAGAGCACAGGGGGGACGAGAGGCCAAUGGUAGAGAGAGAAGAGGGCGAUGGAACCGAACAGCUUCAGGGCAUGCUUCUGGAGCAGCAUGCAUUGACACACCCGGCAACGCUCGUCCCCGACAGCAUCAGCCUGGCCUUCCCCCCUAUAUUGUUCCACACUUUGAAUCGGGGUUCAGGGAGGAGAUGAGAGAGACUGUGGUGCUGUGGGACCGCUGCCAGGUGUCGCUCAUCCGUCGCACGCAGCUGUUCCUCGUGCUGAUGCAAGGAGAGCCGUCGGAUCGGGUAUAUCUGCAGGUGGAGAGGCGCCGGCUGCAGUGGCUCGUACAGCACGUGGGGGCAGAGGGACAGGCCGCCAGGGAGAGGGAGCUGAGGAAGGAGAGGGAGUACCUGGCCCAGCGAAUGGCCCACUGCUUCACACUCCAUCACCGCCUCGAGCUCUUCCGCCAGUGGGGCAUUGCCACGUCAUCGCGCCAACGCAAGCGCCAGCUGGUUGUGGUCCUGUGGAGCCGGCCGCUCGAUGAGCGCCACACGGAGGCUAGUGCUCGGAUCGUGGGACGGCUGACUGGGAUGAUUGAAAGUAGCGCAGGGGAAGGAGGUGGAGAGAGAGGAGGUGUGGCUGGUUGGAAAGGAAGCGGAGGGAGGGAUGUGUUGAGAUUGUGCAGGGAGAUGCUCGAGUUGCGGCUGAUUGUGCCCUCUGGAUAUCGGGGGCUCAUGGCAAAACGGCGGCGGAAAUGGUUUUGA